CGCCGCUGCAGCCAAAAAACGUGACUGCCUUAUCGCCGCCUGCCCGAGUCUUAUCUAAUUAUCCACGACGCUCGCUCCUUCUCGUCUGAUCUCUCCCUCCAACUAUGGACGCACCCUGACUGCCAGCCGAUUUCAGUCUCGUUGUCCGUCCAUGGCUGACGAUGUCAAUUUGCAGCAAGAUAUUCUCCAACGCACUCUUCAAGAGGUAGCACAUGAGGACGAGGAUGACUCCGCCCACCCUUGCGUCAUCUGCCUCGAUUCCAUCACCGAACCUGCCAUUGCGAUCCCCUGCAAGCAUGACAAUUUCGACUUCUUGUGUCUAGCGAGCUGGCUCCAGCAGCGUCGCGCUUGCCCCUUGUGUAAAGCAGACGUGACCGCCGUUAAAUACGAGCUACAAUCCGAACAACCCAAGUUAUAUGUGCUUCCUCCCAAACCCGAAGGCGUAGAUGGUGCGCCAGUUGCUCGCCCAUCCAGACCGCGAUACUCUCCAUACCUAAACAGGCGCCAUCCUCAGAGGCGUCCCUAUCGGCACCGCCCAGUAGGAGAUGAGGAUGCCAUUACGCGCCGACGCCAUGUUUAUCGCCACCAGCUCUUUUCACUUCGCGUUGGCUCUAAUCGGCUAUCGCAGUACCGUGAACUGACUCCGCAGCUAUUCACACAGGACGAGAAUCUGGUCUCGCGCGCCCGCAAGUGGAUAAGACGAGAACUACAGGUCUUUGAAUUCUUGAAUCCUGAUGGCGACGAAGAUGGCAGUGCGCUGUCCGACGGCGUUGGCAGGCUCGGUGGGCAGCGACUUGCAAAUCGUCGUACUAACAACGCCGAAUUCCUGCUAGAGUAUAUCAUCGCCAUUCUACGCACUGUGGACGUCAAAGGUAGUGCCGGCCAAGCUGAAGAACUAUUACAAGAGUUCAUCGGACGGACAAACGCGCGGCUGUUUCUACAUGAAUUGCAAUCCUGGCUGCGAAGUCCUUAUAAUUCUCUUCAGGAUUGGGAUCGCCACGUACAGUACGAUGACACAGUGAGGAGCAGUGAGUCUUCAGCUACGGGCGAUGGGAGAUCAGACUCUGGUCAACGGUCCGUGUCAGGCUCGCCACGAGUAGAGUCGGGGAGAGUCUCAAAACACUAUUGUCCGCAUACUACUAGACAAGACUCGCGGCAUGACUCUGCUUCACGGGCGAGAUGCGUUCAAUCUGCUCGAGACAGGUAUCGACCUGAUUGAGUGCAGUUCAACUAUUGAGGCAAAUCACGAUGGAAAGGAAUCUUUAAUUCAUGGUAGGUGCUAUCUAAUCAUACCUAAACCUACGACCUGGAUUGGUGGAUGGUAGAUAUGUUUUGUAUAUGGCUACCACAUAAACUAAUAAUAUUUACACAGCCAGAUUCAGACUUCUUGAAUUGAUGUGGAUCAUUUUCACCUAAUCAGAACGGAAACGUUAGAAACUCCGACCAAUAGCAUUCCAUACUUGUCUCCACUUCCUACCAUUAAUGUAUCGUUUUCAAAUGUUUGGUUCGGUUCUUUUCACCUUAUUUUGAUUUAUAAAUUAAUAUUUCUUUUAUUUAUUCGAUAUGAUGUUUCAAUUUUAGAUAUACUAAAUGGGAUAUUGAAAUAUAUUUCUCGUACUGUUUGACUUUUCAAGGCUGUUAUUUGAGGUCAACAGCCAGAGACUAGAAUUAUAUAUACAUAUAUACUCUUGAAUAUCGAUAAAAAAUGC